AUGGCGAAAUCGUGCUACAGUCAGCUUAACAAUCCUGACCAUCGUGGAGUCUUGACGACGGAACAGCUGGAGCAGGAACGUCAUCGUCUGGUGCAGGAGUUGGCCCGAGUUCGUGAAGUCUUCACGGCUCAAAUCGAGGCGCUCAUUGAGGAAAAUAGACGUCUCAGACAGUAUUGGUCAUGCCCACCAGAUUGUUUCUUUCAUACCAUUUAUUGCUUUCUUAUCCGUUUUUGUCUGUUUUUUUUCCACCUUAUGCUCUCGCAUGCACUCGCUGGAAGAGUAGAUCGCCCAAUCUCUGUCCGAAGGGAAUCCAUUUUAUCACUUCGAUUCGAUGCUGUUCUUAACGAGGUUGUAGAACUUGAAGCACGGCUGAUCGAAAGAUUACGAGCAGCCACGGAGACUGAACACUUUCUGGGCCAUCUGAUGAUUGCUUUUCUGGAGAAGCUGGAUUCAAGCGGGUUUGGCCUCGAGCAGCCUGUUGAUUGGCAUACAGAAACAUGA